AUGGCUGAUAGUGGAAAUAGGGGCGAUGACGGUGGUGGAGAAUGCAGAAUGAACAGUUCUGAUAGUGGAAAUAAGGGAGCGGCGAUGGGCUUCCAGAGAGAGAAAACGAAGGAGAGUGAGAUCGAAACCCUAGAAUCCACCGCCACCGCCACCGCCAUCGCCACCGCCACUGCCAUUCAUCUCUGCCAUUGUUGCCGUUAUUGUCUCCUUCGUCGACACGUCACCGCUGGAGUUAUGAAUGAAGGACAAGGUAAUCAUGGAGCCUCUCCUCUGCUUCUGCGUCGUCUUCCACGGCGGGUUCUUCUGCUGGUUCUGCUUUUGCUCCGGUGGCUUGAAGCACUCAGAGCGCAGUUUCGGUGCCGACGCGGUGGCACUGGCGGAGCAGAUUUGGAAGGCGAGAGACGGGAGUCUCUGAAAGCUUCGAUUGAAGCUGCGAUAGUGCGAUCGAAGCUAUCAAAUCUUAUGGAACUAAUUCUCAUGUCGUUCCGAGUCAUUGAGGUUGGAAGAGUUUGCUUGCUGUAACACAUUAGCUUACAAGGGAAUUGUAAUUAUUUAGUUUUUAGGUAUGAAUUAGGUGUUAAAGGAUCCCCGGUAACUAGCAACAUCCUCUUCCAUCUCCUCAAUAGUCUUCCCCUUUUAUCUUUUUUCCACUGUUUGAGCCAAUUUUAUUAUGGAUUUGUAUUGUUGCCUGCCUAGUUCAGUUGUAAUUUAAGCAUGCUUUAUUGAUUGGAUUUACUUGUUAUUUAUUUCUGAUUAAUCAAUUAAUUAAUAUGCAAAA